AUCUUCUUCGUCAGAACAGAAAACAAAGGAGACGGUGAAAAUGAACGGAAAAUGGGUGACGGCGACGCUCACUAGCCACAAAUUUUGAUUGCACGAAUAUGGCAAGUUUCGCGGGAAACAUUGGUCUCAAAAUCGCGUGCCAGCUUCCCUCUCGCGUUUUUUCAAUUCCCCGGACCAUUUGGAAGUCUCAGAUUGUGUGCUUAAAGAGCAGAGGCUUUAGUUAUUCUGUUCCUGUUAGGAAUAUUCGAAUCACAUCCUCCAGACUGAAAAUAUUUGAAACUGCUCUGCCACUGAAAAGACGGGAAAUUUGUGGCUGUUCUGAUGCUAGUGUGCUGAAGAUAAAUGGUGAAAAAGACGAGCAUGCAACAAUUGCACACUGUGAAAUUUCUCAAAAUCCAGAUGAAAUUCACCCUGAUAUACUCUUUGAUGACAGGGAAGAAGAAUCAAACAGUGUGCUUAUUGAAGAGGUUGAAGAGUUAACAAUGCAUCAGGGAGGAGACUCUUGUCAACAGGAUUUGAUGCAAAUUGACAAAUUUACAAGUGAUGUUGAGGAAUCGGCUAUUAAAUUACUUGCAGCUAGGGCACUCACAGCACUUGAGUUGAGAAAGAAAUUGCUUGGAAAGAGAUUCUCUGCUCAUGCAGUGGAGGCAGUGGUAAACAGGUUCCAGAGAAGAGGGUUGAUCAACGAUAGGUUGUAUGCUGAAACAUUUUCUCAAUCUAGAUGGUCUUCGUCAAGUUGGGGGCCAAGACGGAUCAAACAAGCACUGUUCAAGAAGGGAGUUAGUCAAGCUGAUGCUGAGAAGGCAGUUGAAUUGGUCUUUAUGGACAAUGAUUGUGAAGAAGAUCACAUGUCAGUUAUUGGCUUGUCAAAGCAUUCCAUGGAUCAUCUUUAUGCUCAGGCCUCAAAGCAGUGGUUCAGAGGUCAGAAUGUACCAAAGGAGACAAGGAAAUCAAGAAUUGUUCGAUGGCUUCAAUACCGUGGUUUUGACUGGAAUGUCAUUAACUUCAUAUUGAAAAAUUAGAUAGGCAGGACCAGAAUUCUCCAUAGUGUACAGUUGGUACAUCCAAAAUUCAUACCUAUCUGAAUAUUCAUUGGUGGGUCCAUUUAUGUUUCUUGAAAUGUAUAUUAUGUAAUAUAUUGGUAGGGUUGAAGCCUCUGUUGGCUUAUAGUGCUGUGGCAAGAAAACUAGUAUUUCAUUGCUUCAAUGCUGCCAAGGCCAUUUGACAUCUAAAGACACAAGACUACACUUGUCUGUGUACAUUGAAGCUACUUUUCCCCUCUCAUAUUGAGGCUGAGAUAAAGUAGCAAGCACCACUAAGGAGGUGCUAUUGUGAAUCCACUUUGCCCAUUCUUAGAGAUGUGGUGCUCAUAUGAUCUAAAAUCAAUUAAUGCUUGCUAAUUUUAAAUGUUUGCUUACGC